GAAAUUUAAUCAAUUUCGAAUCCCAACGGUACUCACGGAAUUACAUAAAUAUAUUCAAAAUUCUAAGUUAUAUUUUUAAUUCGACGUCUUUCGUAUCCGACGCUGAGCUUCUACGUCAUGCUGAUAGAUGGCACCCGACAACCCUGCGAUAACUAUUGUUAUCAUUUAACCUUUCUGGCCGCCAACGAACGUUCAGUGGUUUAGUUAUACUUGGCGCGUUCGCUCGUCGAAAAUAUUUACUCGACGUUGAGAAAAGAAUAAAGGUAAUUUGCUUCUGUCGUGGAUACAGUCGCUUAACGCGCAUAGCUUUUACGCCGCCUCAAAAUUUGUGAAGUCAUGCAACCGACGGCCUACAGUCCAACAUCCGCAGUUUGAAUCACUCCACUUCUACAUACACUCGCUACGGACAAAUUGAUCGAUUUCAAAAAGUCUACCGGGCACCUGUUCAAAUUCAAAUAUUCAACAAUGGCUUCUUCCGCCUCGAACGUUGACGAGCGGAUGCUGAAGGCUUCCCGGAGGAUAGUCCCGGUCUUGAGCACCUCAAAAUACAAGGGUCAGGACGGAAGGAUUGGAAUAUUUGGCGGGAGUGCCGAGUACACCGGAGCUCCGUUUUUCGCAGCAUUGAGCGCACUGCGAGUCGGGGCCGACUUGGCCCACGUAUUUUGCACGAAAGAUGCGGGGGUUCCCAUAAAGUCCUUCAGUCCGGAACCGAUCGUGCAUCCGGUUCUCGACCAGCACGAUGCUGUAAAGCAGAUAAAACCGUGGCUCGAUAGGCUGCACGUGAUCGUGAUUGGUCCCGGUCUGGGAAGAGAAGAGAAGGUCUUCAAAGUAAUCGCGGACGUCAUCGUCAUUUGUCGCGAUCUGAAGAAGCCCUUGAUCAUAGAUGCGGAUGGUCUCUUCCUGAUUACCCAGAAGCCAGAACUGGUCAAGGAAUAUCCGGGACUCAUCUUAACGCCGAACGCGAUGGAGUUCUCUCGACUGGCCAAGGCCUUUCUGGAAAAGUCGAUACAGCCGGCUCCGGUCGCUAAAAUAUCGGACGUUAAACACCUCGCCGAUGUCAUCGGGAAAAACGUCGUCGUUCUCCACAAGGGUGCCAAGGACGUGAUCGUCGAUGGUCACAAGGGCACGGAGACAUUGUCCUGUGGAACUUCCGGAUCUCCGAGAAGAUGCGGGGGCCAAGGUGAUCUGCUGUCAGGAGCUUUGGCCGUCUUCUACUGGUGGGCCCUCAGUGCUGGGCCCAGUGAGUGUGCCUUGUCCCCGGCGAUGACGGCCUCCUAUGCUGCAUCCAGGUUGACAAGAGAGUGCAACGCUGCCGCGUUCAAGAUCAAACAGCGAAGCAUGCUUACGACAGAUAUGAUUGAAUUCAUACAACCCGUAUUCGCUAAAUUGUUCGAAACGCACGUUUACAAAUGAACUUCACGUGAUGUGACUCUUGACGCACUUAUAAUUUGGUCAAAAUUAUCAUUCUUACGAAUUUUAAGCUAUUCAUACCGUGGAAUAACUCUUCGUUUUUAGGUAAUAAUACACGAACCUUGAAAUAACUCAACUCUUGUACUUCACUCGCUUUCUCAUAACGUUUCAUUUCGUAUGCUUACUGACAAGAUAAUUUGCCCGAGGUGGGAAUAAGAUUUAAUAAAAUACCGCCAACAUUGUAUAUUGUCAUACUUCAUCUCAAGCUUGGUUUAACGCACAUCAUAAAAGUAUGGGAGCGUGAUUUAUUGUGAUGUAUAAAAGAACAAAAAAGUUUUCGAUAAAUAGAAAUAAAAAAAAAAAUGCAGUAAAAUAACGAAAAUAAAUACUAAGUACUGUUCAUUGUAUAAAAUUAAUAAUGAUGAACUCUACGCUAUGGCUUGUAUUCUACGAUAAUUAACGUAGUGAUAAUUUGUUGUUUAAAAUGUCUAUGUUAAAAAAUUUGUGCGCUAAUAGUUUUUCUAAAAUUUCUGCAAACACGCGGCACAACGUCAGUCGAUGAGAAAUUUUUAGUACUAAAAAGUACAAGUAUAAUAAGAGCAUAUUGCUGUGCCAUGGUAUUAUAAAUGUAAAUUAUUAACUGCCGCCGAAUACCGAUUUAUGAUCAUCUACGUACGAGUAUGAAUCGCAGUACAAAAUUGAUUAUAAAAAGAGAUAAGAUCAACUGGUCGACAGUGGAUUAAAUAAAUCAAUUAUUAUACGGCAAUGUCACUUGUAACGUUGAAUCUAUGAUCCAGUAUCUGCUGCAAUUAUAGUAAAAGAGCGUGCUGGUUAUAAUUUCUUCCUAUAAUGAAUGAUCGUUAAUCGAGUAUAUGUAAAUGUUCUGCUCGCAGUCAGAAAAACUUUAAACUACACUACGAAUAGAAGGUCAGCACAGACGUGUGAU